CAGUACAGUUCAAAAGUAUCAGUUCUUCGACACUCAGCCUUCUUUAUGGUCCAACUCUCACAUCCAUACAUGACUACUGGCAAAAUCAUAGCUUUGACUAGAUGGACCUUACUACUAUGGACUUAAUAUCCUCUCUACUAAAAAUGGCAACUGAGACACUAAAUGUAAGGGGUCAGUUUUCAAUAAACUAACUGUAAAAUUUUUAUUUUGAAAUAAUUUUAAAUAUAGAAAAAAUAUUUAUAAAAGAAUCAUAAAAUGUAGAGAACAGGUGAGGGCACUGAAGGAGGCUUCCCAGAAAAGGGACACCCUGGUUACUGUCUUAAAGACUAAGUCAUUAUUGAUAUACAGCAAAAGACAAAGAGAAGAAGAAGAUUUUUUAAAAAGUCAUAUAAGGACUGUCACGUAUCAUUCACUCAGAUUCACCAAUUUUUAACAUUUUACCGUAUUUGAUUUAUGCUUCGACAUAUAAAUAUGGUUAUUUUGUUCUGAAACAUUUGAAGUUGAAAAAGCUGUACCCUUUACCUACCCUUCUCCUUUUUCCCUCAACCUUUUAUGAUGAAAAAAUUAAGUAUAUAGAAAAAUUGAAAGAAUUACACAGUGAAAACCCAUAUAGCCACCAUUCAAAUUCUAGAAUUAGCACUUUAUUUGCUUUAUCACCUUUUUCUCCAUCUGUCCAUCUUUUUAUGCAUUUCAGAUUGGGUUGCUGACAGCUAUAUUAUUCUAAGUUCUUCAGUAUGUGUAUCAUUAACUAGAUGAACAAACUAUUUUAUGUUCUGAAGUCAAGCUGUUCUUCCAAUUAUACCUGUGUUUACUGUGUUGCAAAACUUCUGGUCUACCUGUGGAUCUUAGAUCUGUUUGGCCAUGGGACGCAGGUCUCUGACGCACUUUUGGAUGAUGUCCCUCCAGUUCACCUAGUACAGUGCCAGACACGCAUUCCAUAAACACCACUUGACACUGAUGAGCAGAGACAAGAGCUAGAGCUAGGGGAAGAGUCACAAUAAAACUAGAAUUAACUAAGGGAGUUAUGCACAGAGGGCCAUGAGUGAAUGAAAUAGAAGCUGGAGCUUGAAGAAUUGGGGAAAGAUGGGGGCCUUAGACCACCUGGUACUUUCAGCAGUACUUUUAUGUGCUGCUUUCCAACCCUCUCUUUAGAAGGAGAGAUUCCAGGAAACUAGGGACAAUUGCUGCUCAGCAGAGUACAUGACAAGUUUCCUUGCUACUACUUAGGCACCACCAAUUAGUAUAAUCAUGUCACUUCAUGAAUAUGCUAAUCUACAGCAAGACUCAGCUUAGUUUUAGAGAGUAUGGAUGGGCCACUGAAAACCUCUUUCAAACUAAAUCUGUGCUACAGGCCAAAGAGUACUUGAGUUCAAUGAACCCUAGUUUCCUUUCUCUUUAUAACCUUUCCUUUCUUGCUCUGUUGCUUAUGAAUACAAGUACAGCUCUAAUAUGCAUUUAUUGAAUUAUUACGUUGUGCCAAGCACUGUGCUAGUUGCUACCACACCAUUAACACUUUCCAACAACCCAGUGAGUAAGUACUACUUCUUUCCCCAUUUGCCAGAUAAGAAAACUUGAGACUCAAUGUGGUUAAGUACCUUGUCCAUAAGCCAGAAUUUAAGAAACUCAGGUUUGUCAGACUGCAGAGCCCAGUAGUGUUAACCACAUUGUUGGAUAAAAUUCUUGUUUUAAUUGUCUAUCCAGUAUAAAUGUAAGGAGAUUUACAUUUACUGUAUUGACUCAGAAAGUCCAAUUGAAUCACUGAAUUAAGAAGGAAUUCAGUCAUUCAGACUUUAAUCAUUAGACUGUUGGUAUAGGAAUGGAUUCAGAUUGCUUGAGUUCAAAUCCUAGAUCUAUCGCUUAGCAGUUGGGUGACUGCAAGCAAGUUACUUAACAUCAGUAAGCCUCAGUUUCCUUGCCUAUAAACUUAGGAUGAUAAUACAUACCAUAUAGUUGUGUCGUGAGGAGUGAUUGAAAAAAUAAAGUAUCAUGCCAUGUUUGGAAUGCAGUAGGUACUUUGCAUAAUUUAGAUCACUUCCUUCCUUCUUCCCUUUAGGGACCAGACCACUUACCUGUAGCUUUCAUUUGAGGAAAACAAACUGUUCCUGAAACAGUUUUUGAAGAGAAACGUUCUGAAAAGGAAUAUUGGGCUGACUAUUCCCAAGGCACAUUUGCCCAGUGAGUAAAGACAGUUGCCCGGCUCUAAUGUGAUGCAUGUUUCAAAAAAAGCUAGAAACAUGAAUUCUUAGGAGAGUUGGGGUGGCCCAUCUCUCUGCUUCCUGAAGAUUAGGGCCAAAUUGUGACAUCAUCUAUUUUGUUGCUAGACUAAAUUUCAUAAUUCGCAUAGAGUAUUAGACCUGGGAUAUUGGUAAUCCUACCCCAAUCAUUUCAAAGAAAGCAGGCUGAGUUAAAAAGAGGAUAAGAGACUUGACCAAGGUCAAACAGUGAGAACAAAUUGGAGAAUGCAGUUUUACCAAUUCCUACUUAGUGCUGUACUAUGGUUCAUUGUGGGCUCUCAGGCAGGUGAAAGCAAGGCUUGAUGUGUGCUCUUUGCAGGAGCUUGAACUGAUUGGACUCUCAGGGUUUGGUACAAGUUUGAUUGAUUCAGAAAACAUGAAGCAUUGGUCUAGUUCAGAUCGAUUCACUAGUUGUUACUGCUUUCAAGCUAUUAACAGUUCCAUUUUGUUGGGAUUUAGAAAACGAGUGUUGUUUCUUCUUGUUUAGGUUCAUGGUUUGGUUCAAGUUUCAUUGUUAUUUGAAAUCUUGCACUGGAAUUUUUGUUUUUGAUAAAAGUACUCAGUAUCCAAGGUGGUUAACAACAGGAAUUCAUUUGAAAAGAUCAGUCGGGCAUGGUGACGGUUGCCGAGAAGGAGCUCAAGUGGAUUAGGGAACCACUAGUGUUUAUGUUCUGGAGACUGAAAUUAGGAUAAUGGAAACAUUGCAAUGGGCUUUGAUGUAUAUGUUUGUCUAUUUGUUUUUAUCAGGAUUCUCUGAUGCUUUAAUUUCCAUUCUUGCUAAUAUGGGUUGAAACUGCUGCCUUCUACCCUAGUUUAUUGCCUUUGGGGACAUACUAUCAGUCAUGUUCUAGACAUGAUCCUCACCUUUUGACAAAAGAUCAUCUUUCCUGGCCUUUCCCCUUUACUUUGAAUGGGCCUUCUGAGGAACUUGGGAAAUAUGAAUUUCAAGCUUACAUGCGUGCAACAAUUCAGUUGCAAUGCCCAAUGGCAGAUCAGCUUGGUUCUGAAGUACUACCUUUGUUCCUUUCUUACCAGUGUGUAUUUUAAAGUCUCAGGCCAGCUUCCUUUGCUGUAACUGAAGUUGGGCUGACAACUUUAUUAGUGACCAGCCAUGCCACAGAUGUGUUAGUCACUGAGUUGUAUCCAAGUCUUUGCAACCCCAUGGAGCAUAGCCCACCAGGCUCCUCUGUCCUUGGAAUUCUCCAGGCAAGAAUCACUGGUGGAGGGUUGCAAUGAUGAGGCCCCUUAGAGAACUGUGUUCUACCCACCUGGCUUUCCAAAUGCCAAAGGAAAGUUCUGGUGCCAGGUCUACCAGUGCUUUUUCAAGCUCUUGACUGUUUACCUAAGCAGUUGGAAGGCUAAGAUUACAGCUAUGGUAGUAAAAGGGCCAUUUCUAGUACCUCAGAAGGCAAGCACUUUCUAGGAGGUGAGGUUUUGGAUGAUUCUAGCAAGUGUUUUUCUGCAUAGGGGGAAAAAAGCUCUCACUUCAGAUUCUUUUACUCUCCUUCCCUCCUCUCUCUUCUCCUCUACUUAUCCAUUUUCCCCAUUGAUUUAAUAUAGAAUUUGGAUACAUAUUUUACUGAAAUUUUCAGUAUUGGCAAUGACAUUUAAGGGGGCAAUUAGAAAAAACAAAGUUGUCUUUCUUCUCACAGGAAGUAGGCUAGGUACUUUUUUGAGUUCACCGAUGGCAUUGGAGGGGGCCCAGGGAAGCUGCCAUCUGAUAUUUCUGCUAUACUCCCACCUUUCAUUGGGCUGCUUCAGAUUUGGCCCAUGUGGACAGACACAUACUUUGGAAACCACCAUACAGAUGAAAAUCAGGACAUGUGGGAUUUGGCUGAACCAUAGGCCCCUAGACGUUGCCUGGAUUGUUGGCCACCCUAGGACUUCAUGUACUAAAACUGUGUCCCAACUGAAGCCAGCUGGUCCCUGUAUAUAUAGUAUCAAAGCAGCUUGGAGCCUCAUAAAGCAUGACUUUGGAGUUUUACCUUGUGGAUUUAGAUAAUCAACCUGAAUCUUUUUCCACACACUGGGCAGUAAGGAUGUAUCGGGUUAAUAGGAAGAUUUAACAAAAGGAGAUGCUCGUUGUCUAGUAACUUUCAUUCCAGAUGGGACAUAAUACUAGACCUUACCAAAAACUUGACUGACUUUUUAGAAAGGAAAGAAGGGAUUAGAAGGCUUCUGUCUCUUUAAUAAACUUUUGAUGUAUUAUAUAUCAGAUAUUAAAGUUUUUCUUUUCAAAAAAUUUUCUCCUGUGGAAUUUUAAGAGCAAACACUAGUUCCUUCUACUUUUAAAAUUAGAAGAGUUGGAUAAUGUUUCAUGAAAGUAUAUUGGUCCUUUCUUUUUAUUUUCCUUAUAUGAUAGAGGUGUCUCAUUUCAGUCAUUUAGGCAAGGUUUGUCUCAGGGUAUAAUAAUAAUAAUCCCAUACAAUUUUAUAGUCCUUUACAGUUUACAAAAGCAUUCUCAUAACUAUUAUUUCAUUAACUCUUCAUAGCAAUCCUAUGUGCAGAAUGGGUACAACUAUGUACAAUUGAUAAAAUAAGGGAACUUAUCCUGCAAGAAGUUAAAUGACUUGCCCAGGGUAACACAGCUAGAAAGUUGUAGAACUGGAACUUGAACUCAGGUUUCCUGAUACUCAACCCCAGUACUCCUCCAGUUGUGUCGUGUUUUCUUCCUGAGACUGUCUCCUUUUUCUUCCUACUCAUGAUUCUUUUUGCAAUAAGUUUAAAAAAAGGUGCUUCAGUUUAGCAGAUGAGUAAAUUAAAGCACUUAUAAAGUGCCUUCUUCAAGAUCACCUGUGGAGAGAUUCCUGCACCUAGCUCCUAGCUUCUCACGUGGAAUAUAACUGAACUAUUUUUAGGUAUAGAUAUUGUUUUUCAAUGUUAACUAUAUGCACAAAAGUUGUGUAAUCCAUUGAUUAUAGGUAUGAAAGCUGCACCUGGGGAAUGGGACUAAGGAUGGUUGGCUUAAAAUAAUUAGCUUCUUGCCUUUUUGUUAAGAGAUGUCAUGUUCAGUAUAAUUUAAUUUCUUUAUACUUCCUUUGCUUCCAGACUUUUAAAUACAAUUCUUUAGGGAAAAUUAGCAAAUAUUCAUUCUGAAUGUUGAUUUCUCAGGCACAAGGGUGGCUGGAGGAAAAAGAAAGCAGAGGGGUGACUUUCCAUGCUCUAUAAGAGUGGGCAGGCAUUAUUUUGUUUAGGGCUGUGAGCUAAGAUUCCUUCUAAGGCAUGCAAAUCGUAAAGUUCUGAUUUGUCAACUGCAUGCUGUUUCUUUAGGCACUGAUGUAUGAAAUCCCGAACGAAUUCUCCGAUGAACAUACUGCUAAUUGCUUCUCCACCUGCUCUCCAACCUCCGCCACCCCACCCCCUCCACUCCCAAUUCAGCCUAUAAGUGUCCGUCAUUGGAGAUGGAUGGUGACACAUGCAGUAAUAGCAAUUCAUAAAAGCCAGUUCCAGCCCUUGUCUUCAAGGCUCCUGGAUUUUCCACUGCCUGCUUUUGUGUAAGUGAAGUGGAUGGAAGUGCUACUGGCAUCGGAAUCCACCUCCCUAUGCUCCGUUGCUAGAGCUCAGUUGCUCGGCUGAAGCUAAGCUAAACAGAAGCAUCGGAUCUGAGCUGAAUUGUAGCUGUUUUUUUUUUUUUUUUUUCCCUCAAUGGGGAGGUGGGUUAGGGGUAGUGUGUAGUGGGGGUUUGGGGUGCUUUGGCUUUUCUUUUUGUGAAGAGAAGUGGUUAAGGCAAGAAUAACUCACGGUAGCAUAGACAACGUGAAACAAUUCCCUGAAGAGUGUCACGAUGUUCCUAGUCCAAUAUUCAGGUAUAGUAUGUUUUAUUUCAUCUGAAAAUUGUCUUUUGUUUCAAAGUGCAUUCCUUUCUUAUUUUGCCUCCAGUUCAACUGUACUGAAGGACAAAUAAGGUUCUAAUGAGCUAAACAAAAUAGCUGCAUAACAUAUGCCUGCCCCUAGCUAUAAUGUUUGUAGCAGAUUGCUAUGUAAGAUCUGGGUUCUCUGUUAAAUUGGUAGUCCCGAUCCCUUAAUUGUGCAUGCUUCUCUGCUGUAUUCUUGUAUUGAAUUUCUCAAGUCUUAUGUCUGCAACUGGUAGUCUGUGAUCUAGCCUAGAGUGUUUGCACAGAAGACAGUGCUUUGGAAGCAAAAAGCAAUUUUUAAAACACUUAGUAUGUUGUGUUUCUCUUGAGUUUAUUAACUCUAUUUGUUAAUUGGUUGUCUAGAUUUGAGAUAUAGUUAAGAGUAAGUAAAUUUCAAAUAGGAAGCAUUCCAGAAUACAUUUGUUUGGUAAAUUUAUUUUUAUUUUAUUAACUCAGAUUGAUAAACAUUAUAUAUUAUUGUUGUUUGUUCUCCUGGUAGAAAAAAAGUGCUGGAAAGAGCAAGGCUAAACAUGCCAGCUCCAAACCAUCUGUAUUGUAAAAUAUCAUUGGACCAGAAGUGUUCUUUAAGUAUUCUCUUAAGCUUUCAGAAACAUAUUGGUCCAUAAUAACGAAGAACUUAGAGACUGAUCAGGUAUUGGUGAAUGUUGUUUGAAAGGCUUCUUAUAUAGCACUUAAUCAGAAAGGAUCCUCCCAAAUAAAAAAGCCUUGAGAAAGUUUCACUUUCUUGCCGAGCAGAACAGAAGCUUAGUUUCUACAACCACAUGUUUUGAUAAGUUUCAAUAUCAUUUAUUGUCAAGGGCUUACACCUCCAUUCUUGCUUUAUUGUCCUUAAAAUAUUGUGCUCCUGUGCUUAAGAGCUAAAAGAUCAUGUUCUGUUUUGAUACGUGGUUUGACAGUUGAUUUCGCUCCUCAUUAAUUGGACAGCAUGCAGAUGAUGUGGAGAAGUGAGUGAGUGACAAUAUUUCAAGGUUACGCUGAAGAGCAUACAGUGAACCUUAGUGCCUGGACCAACAGCUGCUGAAUUGAAUUGUCUGCAAUUAAAGCAACAGCAGGGUUGAACCAGCUGCCCUUUGACCCUGCCAACAACAACGAGCCCCUGCAGUUUGGUAGUGCCAGUGGCCCUCUGGUCACAGAAGGCCUCAUUGAGAAUGGAGGGGAGUCAAGCAAGAAAAGAAAGAGAACAAAUGCUCCUUCAGCUGAUAAUAGUAGAACUCUGAAUGUGGAUUCAACUGCAAUGACUCUACCUAUGUCUGAUCCAACUGCAUGGGCCACAGCAAUGAAUAAUCUUGGAAUGGCACCACUGGGAAUUGCUGGACAACCAAUUUUACCUGAUUUUGAUCCUGCCCUUGGAAUGAUGACUGGAAUUCCACCAAUAACUCCAAUGAUGCCUGGCCUAGGAAUAGUACCUCCUCCAAUUCCACCAGAUAUGCCAGUAGUAAAAGAGAUCAUUCACUGUAAAAGCUGCACACUCUUCCCUCCAAAUCCAAAUCUUCCACCUCCUGCAACCCGAGAACGACCACCAGGAUGCAAAACAGUAUUUGUGGGCGGCCUGCCUGAAAAUGGGACAGAGCAGAUCAUCGUGGAAGUGUUUGAGCAGUGUGGAGAGAUCAUUGCUAUUCGGAAGAGCAAAAAAAACUUCUGUCACAUUCGCUUUGCUGAGGAGUACAUGGUGGAUAAAGCUCUUUAUCUUUCUGGUUACCGCAUUCGCCUGGGCUCUAGCACUGACAAAAAAGACACAGGCCGGCUUCACGUUGAUUUUGCACAGGCUCGAGAUGAUCUGUAUGAGUGGGAAUGCAAACAACGGAUGCUAGCAAGAGAGGAACGCCACCGCAGAAGGAUGGAAGAAGAAAGGUUGCGCCCACCAUCCCCACCUCCAGUGGUCCACUAUUCCGACCAUGAAUGCAGCAUUGUUGCUGAAAAACUAAAAGAUGAUUCCAAAUUCUCAGAAGCUGUGCAGACCUUGCUCACCUGGAUUGAGCGAGGAGAGGUGAACCGUCGCAGUGCCAACAACUUCUACUCCAUGAUCCAGUCGGCCAAUAGCCACGUCCGUCGCCUGGUGAACGAGAAAGCUGCCCAUGAGAAAGACAUGGAGGAAGCAAAGGAGAAGUUCAAGCAGGCGCUUUCUGGGAUUCUCAUUCAAUUUGAGCAGAUAGUAGCCGUCUACCAUUCCGCCUCCAAACAAAAGGCUUGGGACCACUUCACAAAAGCCCAGCGUAAAAACAUCAGCGUUUGGUGCAAACAAGCUGAGGAAAUUCGCAACAUACAUAAUGACGAAUUAAUGGGAAUCAGGCGAGAAGAAGAAAUGGAGAUGUCUGAUGAUGAAAUAGAAGAAACAACAGAAACAAAAGAAACUGAAGAAUCAGCUUUAGUAUCACAGGCAGAAGCUCUGAAAGAAGAAAAUGACAGCCUCCGUUGGCAGCUAGAUGCCUACCGGAAUGAGGUGGAACUGCUCAAGCAAGAACAAGGCAAAGCCCACAGAGAAGAUGACCCAAACAAGGAACAGCAGCUGAAACUCCUGCAGCAAGCCCUGCAAGGAAUGCAACAGCAUCUACUGAAAGUCCAAGAGGAAUACAAAAGGAAAGAAGCUGAACUGGAAAAAAUCAAAGAUGACAAGUUACAGGUGGAAAAAAUGCUGGAAAAUCUCAAAGAAAAGGAAAGCUGUGCCUCUAGACUGUGUGCGUCAAGCCAAGAUAGUGAUUACCCUCUGGAGAAGACUCUGAACAGCUGUCCUGUCAAAUCUGAACGUGAAGCCCUGCUAGUGGGAAUUAUCUCCACAUUCCUUCAUGUCCACCCAUUUGGAGCAAGCAUUGAAUAUAUCUGCUCCUACUUGCACCGUCUUGAUAAUAAGAUCUGUACCAGUGAUGUGGAAUGUCUCAUGAGCCGACUCCAGCACACCUUCAAGCAGGAAAUGACUGGAGUGGGAGCCAGUCUGGAGAAGAGAUGGAAAUUCUGUGGCUUUGAGGGCUUGAAACUGACCUGAAUCCCUUUGCUUAACAACCUGGGAUCCUGAAAAUACGUAUGUGUUGGACAAGCUUUUAGAAAGUGAUUUGUAUUUUCAAUGCUUUUCAAGUGGAAAUUGCUUUAAAUUUGUCAGUUCAUUCCUGGAAUAUCUUUUGAGUUAAAAUAAGGAUCCUGGAACAGCACUUCGAGCUACAGGCCCUAUAAAGAAGUCGACUUAAACCUCAAGUGCUGUGACUUCCUCUCUUUCUGUCAAUUGGUUGUCUUUUUUUAUUAUUAUUCAAAAGGCCUGAGGCUAAUGCGUAUUUAGGGUGUUUUCAGUGUCUGUACUACUGUUGUAGACUUUGGUAUUUUUUAAACACUGUUAACUGAAAUGUUUUGAUGAUUUGUAUGUGAUUUGUGUUUCAGAACUUCUCUUUCCAUUAAUGUUGCUACUGGUGAGAGGAAUGACAGGAGCACUAGCGACUCCAUAACUGACAUUGUCUUUCCAAUCCCCAGUAGGCCAGUGAGUGAAUAGCGCAUCAGUGUCUUCUAGAAGGUGCUUGACCAGGUUCACCUUUUAAAAGACAAAGCAUGGUUUGUGGCUUUUUGCAAAAUUACUGUGAACCAAAAGUUGACAAAUGUUUCAGAGUUAUUUUCUCUAAUGUAUCAGAUAACAGGUUUAUUUCAAAAUUUAAAACAAUGUAUUCAUGGAAAGCAAGUGUCCAGUAUAACUGGCAUGUGUAUGUGGUAUUCAGAAUCACCUUGUAAAUAGUUUGCUUUUAAAGGAGGGCAUGUUUUCUAUGUAUUAAAAUACACCUGUGUGCUCGCCUUCACACAAACACACACACACAUGCACACACAUCGGCAGAAGGAGUUUAAUAUGCUUUCCCCUCCGGCCUUCUGACAAAGUCUGGUGGUCCCUUUUCUUUUGCUGUCCGUGUGUUGAAUUGCAAACCAUGUACAGCUGUAAAUACUAUGUUUACUUCAUGCUGAGUGUUUGCAAACGGUUGAUAGGAGUAUUAAUAGAGAAUUCUUGAGAACGAAUAAAUAAUGAGCUAGGGUGUGUGAAGCUUCGUGCAGAUAGGUCAGCUCCACCUGGAGUGCUGAGUGCUGAGGACAAGUCCAGUUGUGCGUGGACCAGUCAGAAGUCCUGCUUGAUGGGAAAGAAAGGGAAAAGAUGAGGACUGGGGGCUUACAUCCUGAAGCAGAGGUGGCCUUUUCUUCUGUGGUGCUGGUGGUGCUUAUAAUAACAUCAGCAUGCCCUCCCUUGAGUCUUGAUUGAAAAGAAGAGAAUGUACUAAGUAAGCAAAGCCAAUGAAGAGUAUUUCAGGAAAAUACUUUGUAAAUCAGAUGUCAGUAGUGUUCAAAGUUGUAUUUUUAAAAGAUAAAUAUUCCUUUUUAUACCUCA